AUGUUCUCCUGCACCACGUUGGACAUGGCGGGCGUGGUGGUCCCCUUCGGCGCCGAGUGGAAGUACCCGAGUCUCAGCAGCUUGGGAAGCAGAUGGAAUGUUUGCAUUGCAAGGGUCAUGAUCCACUGCAAUGCAUGUCGGCGCCAAGGGGAAGGCAAAGGCCGCGACGUGAUGGCUGGGUACUGCCACGAGUUCUACAAGGGCUACAUCCACACAAUGUGGGACAUACGGGGAAAGUGGCCGAAGGACAUCAAGGACGGCCGUGGAAGAUCGUUGUCCCCAGCACGCGACAAAAAGGGCCCCGCGGACAACGACUAUGGUCCAGAAGGUCCGCCGAACCCCUUGACGAAUCCCAAAUUUUUUUGUCGCAUGGUGACAGAAGGAUGGGACGCGAUAGUAGCAGCCGUGGUGCUUGUGUUUGGACUCGCUGCCGGACAUGGGCCCGACGUCUACCACUGUGUGGCGAUCUCUUGCUCGGCGGGCUGCCAUCGCUCCCUUUCGGCAGCCAUGGUCAUCGCCUUCGUCUUCAAUAUGGGGCUUUGGUCGCCUUCGAUGCAGAAAGAGUAUGAUGAGGUCGUCGAGGUGAUCAAGGAACUGACCAAGAUCGCCGAGAUCAAGAUCUCCGAGCAGUGCCGCUACAUGGGCUUGCAGAUUCCGUCGGCUCCGCCCUCGGGUGCUUCGCCUUCGCAGCAGUGGUUGCCGCGGGAUCCUCCGGGUCCACCACCUGGUGGUCCACCGCCGGCUUCGCCUGAUGGUCCACCGCCGGCUUCGUCUUCGUCUUCGGCUUCGUCGGCCGUGCAGGGUGCCAAGCGCUUUCUCGCCGAGAACAUGUACGAGCUGCACGGCCUCCUGACGGAGAUGAAGGUAGACCCCUCUGCGUGGACGGUGGCUCGGCUUUUAAACUGUUUUUUUUGCGUGCUUACGAUCAUUGCUUGUUGGUCCUCGCUUCUUUCUUCAACUAAGAUGAUGGCGUCGCUUGCAGCCGAACGAAGCGACAUGGCCCGCGAGUUCGUCAUGCAUGCGGAGUCGCAGCGGGAAGCCAACGGGGGCUACAUCGAAGGCGCAUUUGACAACCCGUCGGCUGCCGUUAUGUGGCAUUGCAAAUCUCGCUUCAACCGCAUAUCCGGCCACUUGGUCAUGUCAAAGGCUCCGGGAGGCCGACUUGGUCUUCGCCUUCGGAUUCCCGCGGCAGCGCUGGCUGGGGCAGCCGGGUCCUGCCAUCAUGAUGACUUGGGCUUCGACUUGGUUUUCGACAAGGAUGGUCUUAGACAGAUCUUGAGAGGGUGGAUUGUUAGCUUUGCCGCCAUGCCUCGAAAGCGCCUGCGUGGGCCAGAGACUGCUGCAAAGGCCAGUCCCACGGCUUCUCCUUCGCCUGAGGAGCCAAAGGCCGCUGCGGCCAUUCCCACGGCUUCGCCGUCGUCGGCUUCGGAGCCAAAGGCUGCUGCUGCGGCCAAUCCCUCGUCUUCGUCUUCGCCUUCGGAGCCAAAGGCUGCUGCUGCGGCCAAUCCCUCGUCUUCGUCUUCGCCUUCGGAGCCAAAGGCUGCUGCUGCGGCCAAGCCCUCGCCGAAGACGGGUGGGGGGACUGCAAGAGAUCCGCUCUCCAACACCAGCCGGAAGAGAGACAGGCCAGCCACCAGUUGGGGCAGCUCCUCCUCCCAAGCCGGCAGCUGCACCUCCUCCGAAGCCGGCAGCUGCUUUCCCAGAGGCAUCCAGCACUUGACCUUCAAGCCUCCGCCACCUGCGCCUGUGCCUUCGUCUUCGUCUUCGGGAGACGUCUUCGCCGAGUGGACAAGUCGCUUCCAGGCGCUUUUGUCCUUGAAGACUCGGGUUUGCUGGAUGCUCGACUCCGACGGCUACGCCACUGCGAGAAGGCACGGAGGCGACCCACACUCCAUCCAGCAGUGCGUGGGGGACCCUGUCCGGCCCAAGACGCCUGGCGAGGCGCGGGACGCCAUCCAGGUGCUGGACUACAGAAUCACCCAGCUGCGACAGUGGGAAACGCUCUACAGCCUGCACAACCCCGAGCUUGCCAUGUACGCCCAGUAUGUCCAGCACAACACUUCGGUUGCUUGGUUUCGUUCGUAA